UACAAGUAAUGGUGGUAUUGUUCAGUGAAACGUUACGGUUGGUUACUAGUCUAAACGUCAAUUUUUAGUCUGGUCAACAGAGUUCAGUUAACGGGUGGCGUAGUACAAGUAAUUAAAACAAUAGUUAAUACGUUGUUUUAAAUUUUGAGGUUUGAAACCUACACUUUUUUUGAGUAUAAAACCUCAGCGGCCAAGCAAAUUUUUUUCAUUCCAAAGUUUUUUUAAUCCUAUCCACUUACCUUGGAAUACCUGCCUGGAUCCCCUCAUAUUUUCAGUUAGUUCAGUUUAUCUUUUGCUCCAUGGCUCCCUUCAAGUAUCUUGCGGAUUAUCAGGAGUGGUGCCGCCAGCAAUGUGCUAUAAUCAAGGGGUUGAAAACCCAGUGGGAUGGUUUUUCGGAGCAAGAGCAACGGGAGUGUGCCCAGUAUAAUAUCGAUCUGUGUGCAAGUGUCAAGAAGUUUGUCGAAAGCUGUAGAUGGAGUAAGCCGGGAAAGGAGGUAGACCGUUUGCAACAUGCGGUCAACCGGUUGGAGUGGUCGGUUGCCUUCUUGAGUUGUGACAUUGUUCCCGAUCCGCGUCGUACCAACUUACAACUGGAUACGGUCCCCAUCAUAAUGGCAGGCAGUGUGGAGCGUGACCGAAAGAAGAAAGAGAAGCUGAAGGCCAAGUCUUCAUCAUCAGUGAAGCCAUCCACUUCCAAGGCCAAGCCGAAGAAGAAGAAGCAGAACCCAGCUAAGCGUGUAAUCCAAUCACCAACACCCUCUCCACCGUCAAGCCGUUCUCCAACCCCGGACUUUGGCGGUUACGAUUUCACCCGGCAGCGGGAGCCCACCCCCCAACCAUCGCCACAUGUCUUCUCUGAGCCAGCUCAGCCUACUCCACCUUUGCCGGCGGCUGUCAUCACUGAGCCACCUCAGCCUACUCCACCAUUGGCAGUGUCUGUCAUCACUGAGCAACCUCAGCCUACUCCACCAUUGCCAGCGGCUGUCAUCACUGAGCAACCUCAGCCUACUCCACCAUUGGCAGUGUCUGUCACUGCUGACCAUCCGGCUACUAUGCAUAUGGAGUUUCCUGUUAGCCAGACCGCCAUUGUUUCCAAGGGUAUUAUUACAUUCCAGGCAACGUUCGCUGACGGUACGACCAUUGAAGACACACUACCUGUCCCUCCCACUAUUCCUACUCCACCGUCUUCACACUUCAAGGUGCCUUUGCCUAUGAAUAACGGAAUUCUCAUCCCGCAGAAGUUUACUUUCCCGAAUACUCAAACCGUGAUUACCGUGAAAGACGAUCCACUUGGCAGUGCCGAAAAUCCUAUCAUCAUUGAAGACAAAGAAGAGCCGCCCGUCAUUACUUUGGAUGACUCUGACAGUUCGGACGACGAAGGUAUGAGAACGCUUUGCUUUGAGUCGGAUAAUGGGGGUGGAGCGGUCGUUUUGGACGGAGGCCAGGAUACCGACAUGGAGGACAAUGAUGAAGACGGCGGUAAUGAAAUGGACGACGGAUUCUUAGGAGACAUGGACGAAGAUGAUUUCGAGCCGCCAUUUACGUCUACUCAGUAUUCAUUGGACAACAAUGCAAUGGAGGACACAGCUGGUAUGACGGCAGUGGAGGGCUGGUUGAACGCAUUUGGUUAUUACUUAGACUGAUGAAUUGUUUUCUCUUCUUUAUGCUGUUAACUAAGCUAAACCAUUUUGCUAAUGAUGCUUUUAUGCAACUUGCGGUUGAUGGGUACAAUGUUGUUAAGAAUAUGUUAACAAUAACAAUAUGUCUAACAAUAACUUCUUGAUGUGAACUCUGAAUGAAAUCAGUUGUCGGUCUAUUAAACUGUUUGUUUAAAAAAAAAAAAAGAGAU